AUGUUCCUGUAUCUCUUAUGUGGUCGAACUGUACCUCCACCACAGCUGUUGUUUACGUCUCUGCAGCUGAAGUUAGCCGCUCGCCAGGCUCUGUUCUCGGGGGAAGAGGAGAAUGUCCGCCCGCUGCUGUGGGGCUGUUGUAUUCGUAAGAGCCCCCUGUCCUCCGCAGUCCCUCACUGCGCUCUGGAACCAGACACAAACGCCGCUGAUCGCUGCUUUUCCCCGCAGAUUUACAGCGGUUUUAUUUUUCUUCCGUCGUCGCUUCCGGCUCCUGCGCGUGCCCGCUGUCAGUUCAAAGCACGCAGGCGCAGAAGUGACAUGCGCGCUCCCGAUCAGAGCUGA